UCCCCGCGAACCCCGAUGCCUGCGGCAGCCGCACACACCACCACCACCACCACCACCACCUACAGCGCCUCCACCAACGCGCUCGGCCCGCCGCUGCCUUACUGGGCCGUCGGCCGGGAGGAGCACAGGUGGCACGUCGGAAUGGACUCCGCCGCCGCCGCCACGGGGCUCCUCGAGCCCGGCGCCAAGGAGCUGGCCGCGCGCAGCCUCGGCCGCACCGCCCACAACAUGUCCUCCUCCUCGCUCCGCAAGAAGUCCGAUCUCGCCCUCCUCCGCAAGGUCCCCUGCGCGUCGCUCCGCCGGCUGCUCGACAACCUCCAGCAGGUCCUGCUCGCCACCAAGCUCGUCCUCCUCUUUCCCGCCGUCAUCCUCGCGCUCGCCGCGCGCUUCUUCCACUUCGGCCAGGAGUGGAUAUUUGUCCUUAGCUUAAUUGGUCUAAUUCCUCUUGCUGAGCGACUAAGCUUUCUGACGGAGCAGGUUGCAUUUUACACGGGACCUACUGUGGGUGGACUAUUGAAUGCAACAUUUGGAAAUGUAACAGAGGUCAUCAUCGCAAUCUUUGCCCUGUAUGAAGGCAAGGUACUGGUGGUGAAAUGCUCCCUGCUCGGCUCCAUCCUGUCCAACUUGUUGCUUGUCCUUGGAACUUCCCUUUUCUUCGGUGGCCUGGCUAACCUUGGAAAAGAGCAGCCUUAUGACAGAAUGCAAGCAGAUGUCAGCACAGGACUUCUGAUUCUUGGUGCACUAUGCCACUCUCUGCCACUGAUGCUGAGGUAUUCUGUGAGUUCCGGGGAGCAUAUGAUGGUCUCUUGGGAUGCAGGAUUGGAGCUGUCCCGAGCAUGCAGUGUUGUCAUGCUCCUGGCCUAUGUAGCCUACCUUUUCUUCCAACUGAAGACCCAUCGCCAACUCUUUGAGCCCCAAGAGGCUGAAGAUGAUGGUGAUGAUUCGGUCUCCCAAGAUGAGGCGGUCCUGGGAUUUUCUAGUGCAAUAAUUUGGCUCGGAGUCAUGACUCUGAUGACAGCGGUAUUGUCAGAAUUUGUUGUGAGCACAAUUGAGGCGGCAUCAAAAUCAUGGGAACUAUCUGUGAGUUUCAUUAGCAUCAUCUUGAUCCCAAUAGUUGGUAAUGCGGCAGAGCAUGCUGGUGCAGUCAUAUUUGCUUUUAAGAACAAGCUGGACAUCACCCUCGGAGUAUCUUUGGGUUCUGCCACACAGAUUUCCAUGUUUGUGGUACCAUUGAGUGUCCUUGUGGCUUGGAUCAUGGGAGUCCCAAUGGAUCUUGAUUUCAACUUGCUUGAGACUGGUUGUUUGUUUCUUGCUAUAUUAGUGACCACCUUUACCCUCCAGGACGGAUCAUCGCAUUAUCUGAAGGGGCUGCUGCUUCUGUUUUGCUACAUCGUCAUCGGCAUAUGCUUUUUUGUUUUGAGGCAGCGUGGAAGUGGCGGCAACGACGGUGUGGAUCUGGGCAUAGGAAGCAAAACAUGGAGGAUUUAGGGGUGCCUGAGCUGACAGGUUGGACUGCAUUUCCCAUUGAGUUGUUUCGGAGUUAAUGGUGUGGCCUUCAUAUGCAGUUUUGCAUGGAGCACUGGAGGAGGGCCUGGGUGUUAAGUCUGACUGAAGUAGGCUACUUACUACAUGGGUAUGAAAGAAAGAUGCUGCUUUUCAUGCAGCUGGGCUAUGCAGAAAAAAGAAGCAGGACAUCGCAAAAGCAGUUAAGCAAAUCAUUCGGUACAUAUAUUAUAGCUGAAGUCGAGAUAUGUUGUAGAGUCAAGUGUAAAUUAUUGCUGUUGUUCCAACCAAGGCAAGGUGUCGUUCUUUGAAUUAAUUAACUUGUUAUUAGGACUUGAGCUGAGAGGCAAGCAAACAAAACUGGGUGUACCAAGUAAGUUGUCCGUGAAAAAGAAGUGGCAUGUAUGUAAUGCUAUCUGAAGAGGAACAUGCAGUUUAAUUUGGAUGUGCAGAACUGUGUUCUGAACUUCUGAGGUGA